CCUUUUGAUGCCCAUAGAGUCCUGUCUAAAGUAUUGGGAGAUUAUGUAUUUUGGAGCUAAUCCAAUCAGUAAAAUGUAAUUUCCCUUCAAAUAUCUGCUCAAAACAACCAUCAAACGGUGCCAUCCAUGAGAAGAUAUGUAGAUCAUCGCAUAAGAAAUAAGUCGGCGACCAGAUUGGAUGGCAUCUUUCCUCUUUGUCUAUAUGCCCAAAUGAACCCUUUUGACUUCAAACGCUGUUGGUUCUACCGUUUCACUACUUAGAUCCCCAUGUAUUUUCGGUGAUUUCUAUGUGCUUGUUUAUGUAUGCAUAUGACGUGAUUGAAGGAAGCUUCAUGUGCAAUGAAUCAAUCAACUUGUUUUUGAAAAAUAUUUCAACAAAGAUGUUGCUUUUUUAUAUUGGGUAUAAUUGACUUUGAUGUAUCUAUUCUAUCCCGUUGUCUAUUUACUUGGUCAUUUUCAUUCUGUUUCUGACAUCUUGUGCAAGUGGGUGCCUCAUUUGACUAUUGGAGACUGAAACUGGUUUUCUCAUCCAUCUAUCUCCUGGAGCUUUGCCAAUGGCUGCUGCAGGAUGUGCCUAUGAGGUGUUCUUGAGUUUCAGAGGCAAAGACAUUAGGAAGACAUUCAUCAGCCAUCUCCGGACAGCCCUUGUGCAAGCAGGAAUCCAUACCUUCAUAGAUGAUGAAGAAAUUGAGAUAGGGGAAGAUAUUAGCUCAGAGCUCAAGAAAGCCAUAGAGCAGUCGAAGAUUUCUGUAGUUGUGUUCUCCAAAGAUUAUGCAUCUUCAAGAUGGUGCCUUGAUGAACUUGUGAAAAUUGUGGAGAGGAUGAAGAGCUCUAGGCAGGUUAUCUUGCCUGUUUUUUAUGACUUGCAUCCAUCUCAUGUGGGGAAGCAGACUGGAACUGUUGGAGAAGCUUUUGAUAAACAUGAGGAGGAAUUUGAGGCAGAGGCAGGUGGAAGAAGAAAUGAAUGGAUGGACAGGAUGAAGAAAUGGAGGGAAGCUCUCACUGAAGUUGCAAAUCUAGGGGGAAAGGUCCUACAAAAUGAAGCUGAUGGGCAAGAAAGUAGGUUCAUCCAGGAAAUUCUGGAUGUGAUCCGAAGUAAAUUAAACUGCACUGCACCAAAUGUUGCACCCCACCUAGUUGGUAUAGAUGCUCGAGUCAAAAACAUAAAUUUGUGGCUGCAAGACGGUUCGACUGAAGUUGGUGUAUUAGCAAUCUAUGGCAUGAGUGGUACAGGGAAGACCACCAUUGCCAAAACUGCAUACAACCUAAACUUUGACAAAUUUGAUGGUAGCAGCUUUCUUGCCAGCAUAAGAGAAGCUUCAGAACAACCAAAUGGUUUGGUUCGUCUACAAAGGCAACUUUUAUCAGAUAUGCUAAAGAGGAAAGCUGAAAAGAUAUACAAUGUUGAUGAAGGAAUCCUUAGGAUUAAAAAUGUUGUAUCUUGCAAAAGAGUUCUUAUUGUUCUUGAUGAUGUUGAUCACUUGGAUCAAAUAAAUGCAGUAAUUGGGAUGCGACAAUGGUUUUAUCCCGGAAGCAAAAUUAUCAUAACAACUAAACAUGAGCGAUUGCUGAAGGCUCACGAUGUAUACGAGAAGUAUAAGGUUAAGGAGCUGGAUGAUAAAGAAUCACUUCAACUCUUCAGUUGGCAUGCCUUUGGACUGAACCAUCCUGCUGAGGGUUAUAUGGAGCUCUCGCAAAGAGUUACACAGAAUUGUGGAGGGCUUCCUUUGGCCCUAAAAGUCCUGGGCUCUUCAAUGUCCGGUAGAAGUGUAGAUGUGUGGAAAAGUGCAAUAAAGAAAUUGGAAGCAAUACCGGAUGGUCAUAUCUUUGAAAAGCUCAAAGUAAGUUACGACUCUUUGGAUGACAACCACGACAAGAACUUAUUCCUGGAUAUUGUCUGUUUCUUCAUUGGGAAAGGCAAAGAUUAUGCAGUUUCAAUACUAGAUGAAUGUGAUUUCUACAGCUUAGCUGGAAUUCAGAAUCUUAUUGGUAGAUGUCUCUUGAUGAUUGGUGAAGAUGACAAGCUGAUGAUGCAUGAUUUACUUCGGGACAUGGGGAGAGAGAUUAUUCGCCAAGAAUCCCCAGAAGAGCCCGGGAAACGUAGUAGAUUGUGGCAUCACAAGGAUUCCCUUUAUGUAUUGAGUGAAAAAACUGGCACAGAAACGGUUAGAGGACUUGUACUUGACUUGCAAAUGUUUAUGGAGGACAAGUUUGAACGACCAGUCUUCAGUAACGAUGCAAAAGGGAGGCAUUGCCAAGAAGUUUUUGAUGAGUUGCAGAUUAUGGGCCUAUUCAGAUCAUCAAAACGGCGUCGACUUGAUUUCUCUAAGCACUCAGCAGAUGCGAUUUCAAAAAUUUCAGAUGAGGGAAACUUGAAAACUGAUGCUGUUGCAAGGAUGCAUGAAAUGAAAAUACUCCAGUUCCAUUAUGUUAAACUCACUGGAAGCUACAAGGAAUUUCCCAGAAAAUUAAAAAGGCUGUAUUGGCGUGGUUUUCCAUUGAAAUAUAUACCCAAUGAUUUCCCUCUGGAAAGCCUUGUUGCUCUUGAAAUGCGUAAUAGCAGCUUAAAACAAGUUUGGAGAGGAAAAAAGGUGCUUAGAUCAUUGAAAUUUCUUGAUCUCAGUCAUUCCCAUGAACUUACUAAAACCCCUGACUUCUCAGGACUCCCCAACCUUGAACACUUGAUGCUUAAAGGUUGCUUAAGACUGGUUGAGAUUCAUGGAACUAUUGGAGAACUAGGCAAAUUGGUAUUUCUUAAUCUAAGAGAUUGCAGAAAUCUAAGGAAGCUUCCAAAAAGUAUUUGUGAGCUGAAAUCUCUUAGAAAACUCAUCCUUUCUGGUUGCUCAAAGCUCAUUGAGUUGCCUUUGGAACUGGGCAAUCUGAAGCUCUUGACCGAACUCCAUGCAGACAAAGUUAUUGUAAAUCAAUUGGUGUCUACCACUGGUGAGGUGAAAUCAAGGAGGGCACGCUUCUGGUCUUGGGUUUUAAGAACAAGAAAACACCCAGAGACCAUCAACUUUCCUUUGUCUUCUUUAUCACACUCAUUAGUGAAAUUAAGUCUUGCAAACUGCUUUCUUUCAGAUGAUUCUAUUCCCCGUGAUCUAAGUAGCUUGUCCUUGUUGCAGUUCUUAAAUCUUAGUGAGAACCCAAUUCAUAGAAUACCUGAGAGCAUCAGAGGUCUUUCAAUGCUCCGGGAUCUUUGGUUAGAUUCAUGCACUAGCCUCCAAUUGCUUCCUGAGCUUCCAAUGAGUUUAGUCAAGCUGAAGGUACAAAAUUGCACAUCAUUGAGAAGAAUAACAAAUCUACCAAACCUGUUGAAGUCACUGUUCUUGGAUGUGAUGGAUUGUAGCAAACUGGUUGAGGUCCAGGGCUUGUUCAAGUUAGAGCCUAUAGGAAAUUUUGGUCUAGAAAUGAUCAACGGUUUGGGCUUGUCCAACUUGGACUCCAUUGGGAACACAGAGGUGGAAUUGUUCAACAAUAUGACAAAAACAAGAAUCAAAUGUCCUGUUCAGGGACUAUAUGAAUUUAGCAUAUUCAGCACCUGUCUUCCUGGGAAUGAAAUUCCUGGCUGGUUCAGCCAGGUUGAGGGAAACUCAAUAUCUUUCAAAGUCCCUUCUCAGCCAAAUCUCAAUAUUCGAGGCUUGAAUGUAUGCUUUGUCUACUCACGUUCCAGGGACUGCAAAUUCCGGUACUGGGGUGAAGCGAAACUCAGACAAUGGUUUUCGUAUUAUGUCAAAAUCAGCAAUAAGACCAAUGGUCUGAAGUGGGUGUACAGCCCAACUUUCCUUGGCAUUCCAGGUGCUGGAGACAAUAUGACAUGGUUAAGUCAUUGGAUGAUUGGGAAUCAACUGGAAGUUGGCGAUGAAGUGAAUGUAUCAGUGGUUGGAUGGAGUCCUACUUUCUGCAUAAAGGAGUGUGGAAUCAGCUUUGUGUAUGGAGAUCAGGAGGAGCAGAAGGGAAUACCAAAAGAGAGUGAAGGAGUAAGUAAAUGUAAUCCUGCCUGCCCUCUCCAAAAUGAGAUUGAUGGUGCUAUGUCAGCAUAUCAGUUGAAGAGUGGUGCAUACUUCCUCUCGCACCCUGAGCACUCUGUACUUGCAAAAGGCGCAAGUGAUACAGUGAAAGCAAUUCUACUCGAUAACUUAUUUACUGACAGUACAGAAAGUGGAGGAUCAAGAGAUGGAGGAGAAGAACAUGACAGCGAUAAAUACAUUGCAGGGUCCACACAUGGAGGAGAAGAAUAUGACAGCGAUGAUUAUUACCGUGAGAAUGACUCUGAUUUGGAUGAGGAGGAACUGAAUAGUAUAUUUGAUUUGUUGAAAGAAUGACUGAAGUAGUUGCAUAUAGCUUAAAGAUUAGGUUAAUCAGUUGUUGAGGAAUGGAUCAAUAACAACAUGUGGUUGAAGACCAAGUAUUUAGGAGAUAAGAUAUUAUUUUUGAAUUUUUGAUUUGUUAUUAGGAAGUUGAUAUUUAUGCCUUGUAAUUAGCAAAUUUUUCUAUUUUUCUGUUAAAUUCAAGUUCUAUUUAACAAGAACUAUGGAGUGAAUAAAUUAUCCUCCAAGAAUCAGUUUCUUCCCUCUAUUCUAUACUCGU